AUUUGAACCAUAGUAUAGCUAAAACUGUUAGCAUUUGAAGCAAAUAUUUGCUACACAACAAUAAACAAAAAUAAAUGUCAUUUGAAUGGUUCCGGUGCUGUGAACUGGGAGUAACGGUGUUUGCAGAGAGUGUAUAUCACAGAUACCGGCACCGGGAAAGACGACAGCACCAGACAUUUAUAAAUGAAACAUCAAUUCAAUGUAAAAAACAGCUGACAGUUGGCCUGAGAUGUGCUCAUCAAAUGGAUGAAGAGAUUGCUCCUGUUCUGCAAAAGUGUCGACCGUUUUUGGUGGGCGUCACCAGAUCAACGAUGACCAAUCCGAGACGUGUUUUCAGUUUCGCCAGCGGUUUUAUAGUGGACAACAAAAUAGGUUUAAUUGUGACCAACAAUCACGUAGCCGAAGGAAUAGAUACGCUAAGAAUCAGUUUGUCUAACAAUACGUUACGAUAUUGUGAUGUUUUUGUCGACGCCGACCAAAACCAAGGGAUUAUCCGACAAAUUUCUGGCAAAAUAGUCUAUUCGUCACCCGAUUGCGAUCUGACACUUAUUCAGUUGCCACCCAUUAAACCAGAUGUACUACCCGUUUGCCAGUUUUCUACCGAUUGGGCACCUGGCGAUCCCAUUAUAACUAUAUCCGGUUUACGUGGUCGAUGUUUCGCUGCCGACGGCUUUAUCUUAAAAUUAGAUAAAUUCCAAAACAUUCCUCUCAUCUUUAUUGAAGAUAUUGGCGGCACAUGCGAUAUAUUGAUACACACCGGAUAUAUCGUGGCCGGCUAUUCGGGCGGUCCAGUGGUCAACAUGGACGGACAGGUAGUUGGCGUACAUACGGCUAGUCAGCGCGGCUUCUCGUGUUUUGCUUUAUCUAUCAGCGCAAAGACUGUUAUUGAUUUCAUAGAAAAAGGCAAACAGUAUCUAUUGACUGAAAAUGUUGAAGUCAUGAAACUAAUGGGUGCUAAACACCGGAGGUUUAUUAAACGCAGAACACUGGGUAUAGUAUUGAUGAACAACCAGAUAAUUGACAUUACAUUUGCGCCAAAUAUUAUUAGACAAAAUUUAUUAGUCAACGACCAAAUUGUUUCCUAUAACAACAUUGAAUUUACAACACCGGACGAAAUGUCCAGAUAUGUUCAACAAUUGCCCAAUUAUAUAGAUAUAGUAUUGAUAGUUCAUAGAUCAAAUAUAGGUCAAUCAUUUAAUAUGACUGUCCAACCCGUAACUGUUGAACAGUUUGAAUUUUAA